GGCAAAUAAGGGCAAGGCAUGCAGGAAUGGCAAAGCUGCCUUAGGUUUGGACCGGCCUGUUACCUUUUCUGGUGUCCAGACAUCGGCUCAUGAAAUCGCUCAUUUGUUGAACGCUGACCAUGACGGUCACGGCGCAGCAAAGAAUUGCUCAAGUGAUGAGGGUUACAUAAUGAGCAGCCCCCGAAGGAACGGGAAUAACAGCUGUGCAUUUUCCAACUGUAGCAAGAAUGACAUCGCCGACUUUUUGACGUGGCGAUAUUCAAAAUGUCUAUUUCGAAAAGACGUAUGCCACGUCAUUUCUUUACCAAACAAGGCGGCAGACCUUCCAGGGGAUGUUAUAGAUGGGCAAACAUUCUGUAAGGAAUACUACAGGGAACCCAGAUACUCCAACUCCACUUAUAUAAAGCUUCAAUCCGACCUAGAGCAGUGCGUAUUCCGCUGCUUGGUACACGAUACUUACAGCCAUUCGAAGAUGCAGAACCGGACGACUUUUGCAAUAGAUGGGACACCCUGCUCUGAAACUGAACCACAAAAGAUAUGCCACAACAUGGUCUGUGUCAAGCCCUAGUAAAAUAGUGGACGUUUCUGAAAGAACAAACGUGCAGUUUGCACUUCACCAAGCAGAUUGCCACCCCCUGUCGCAUUUAGCGAAGCAGAUUGCCACUUCCUGUUCGGAAUAAAGGUGUUUUUUGUAUAAAGAAUGAACGCGACGAUUAAGGCUUCUGUUCGUGCAGCGAUUAGUUUUGAACUAUUCACUCAUAUUAUCGCAGGGUCGUGACACUAAAUAAAGCAGCAGUCGCCGUGUC